AUGUCAUAUCAGUACCCCCCGCCGCCGAACGGCACCGACAUCGAGGUGCCGUCCUCGGGCUACAUGCCCUCAUUUCCUGUCGGUUCGACUGAUGAAGACUCGACUAGUCCCUCUCGGGAACGCUCGGAUUCUAUCUCCAGGACGAUGAGGAUCAACAGGUCAGUAACGAUGCCGGUCACCGGGUCCUCACCAGCGCAGGCGACAGCAGGAGCGCAAGCAUCUACUCCCCAACAGUCGACCACAACGACAGGCCAGCCGGAGGGCGAGAGGAGAAGAAACAAGCUGGGCUAUCACCGGACGUCUGUUGCUUGCGGCCACUGCCGUCGCCGCAAGAUCCGCUGUGUACCCUCACCAAACGACCCCCAAGGCCGCUGUGCCAACUGCAUCCGUCUCAAAAAGGAAUGCAGCUUCUACCCGGUCGAUCAGCAGCCCCCUCUAGGCGACGCCCGUAAGAACUCGACCUCCCGGCCGACCGUCGGCCCCAAGCUGGCCUCAGCAUCCCCCUCUUCGGCCCUGCAAGCUGGCCUCUCCCCGGAUCUACACAGUUCAACCACCUACUCGCCUCUCGGCAUUCCAGGCAUCCAAAACAUGCCGCCCCCUCCGUCAGACCCCAAACGUAAGUUCCCUCACCAACACCAUUACCACAGCCGGCCUCGCUCGCCGCCAUCAGCAUCCUCCUCCUCCUCCUCCUCCUCCUCCUCCUCCUCCUCCUCCUCCGCACAGAACCAAGAAAGAGAAGAAGAAGCAACAGUCGCUAAAGCAAAACGGCUCAAAGUCGCCUCCUCUUCCCGGCCCUACGAAUACGGAAUUACCACAACAACACCCACGACUGCAGCAAAUUGGAUCACUCCCGACGCAGUCUCCUCCCCCACAACCUCCAAACCAGCCGACCUCGCCUGGCGCGCCUACCCCGCCGAAUCUCCGUUGACCCCAGCCUUUCCCCCUUACACCCCUCACGCAGCCGGCCCCACUCCCGGCGCAACUUGGUCUGAGGGAACCGGAAGAGAUGACAUGACGGCAGCGGCAUGGGGAACAUACCCAGCCCCGCCAGCCCGCUCCCUCUCCUUUGGUGCAGAAGGCAUGACCGCUGCUCAUGCAGGGCAGUAUCCCCCUCCUCCUCCACCGGCGCCUGCAGCGGGCGGGUUGCCGGGUAGGCCGGUGACAGGUAGCAUGACUGGGAUGGAUACGGUUUCGACGGUGGCGGGGGGGAUUGAUCCGAGCACGGGAGUUGGGUAUGCGUCGUGGCCGCCGCCAACCCAAGGGCCGUAUGGGUAUGGCGCGACGAAACCGGGGGAUGGGUAUGCGGCUACGACGACCGGGUGGUAUGAGGAGGGAGCUGCGGCAGCGGGGUAUUAUUCGAGGUAA